AUGAGCCGACUACUCUCAUACUCGUUUUUCUUCAUCCUCAUCCCCAAAUGGGUGCUUUCAGUGGCUAAAAGUUGUCCCCAUUCUUCCUCCAACUUUCCAGAAAUUGAGCCCUCUGUGAGCAUUGGAGUUUUGGUGAGAAACAAGGCUCACAGUCUUCCUUACUUCCUACAUCAUCUUGAACAACUGGAUUACCCUAAAAAAAGAAUUCACCUAAAUUUUCGACUGGAUAAUACAAUCGAUAUAAGCGCCCGAAUUCUGGAAAGGUGGGUCGAGAGCGUCCAAGAUUUGUACCAUGGCAUCGAUUUGGACAUGGAUGAGAUGAAUUUACAGCCAGUUAGCCCUAGCUGGACAAAAGAUCAUCACCAACAUCUGGUAAAUCUACGCCAAGCUUCUAUUGAACGCGCCUAUGAACUCAAUGCUGACUUCUUCUUUAACUUGGAUGCAGACGCCAUUCUGUUGAACAAUGCGACCCUAAAACGACUUGUAGAAGCCAGUUCCAUCCCCUCGAAGGAGUACCCUGCUCCAAUCACUGUGAUUGCUCCUAUGCUCAAUUGUACAACCUCUGAUGUCUUUUCCAACUUUUGGGGUGACAUUACUAAGGAAGGUUAUUACAAGCGCUCACAGGACUACUUCGCUCUUCAACGCAGACACAAGGAAGGCAUAUUUUCCGUGGCAAUGAUUCACACAGCAGUUCUGGUUAACCUCCGCCACACCAGGAAGAAACGUCUAGCCUUCAAGCCCUUAAACUCGGGCUACACUGGACCGAUUGACGACAUUAUCAUCUUUGCGCGAAAUGCGCAGUUACAGGGUAUUGACUUUUACCUCGACAAUCGAGUAUUUUAUGGCUACUUUCCCCUGCCCGUGGACGAGGCUGAAAUUCCAUUAGCCUAUCGUGACUCAGCCAAAUACCUUCUGGAGAGGGAGGCUGAAAUUUUUUUGCAUCUUCGUUUGAAUGCCGCCUUUGACGAUGCGCUGCUGAAGAGUUUUGCUUUAAAAUUCUCACCGAAGUUGGAGCAGUUUGUUGAAGUACCGGAGCCCUCUCUUCUUGGAUUCGAUCAGAUCUACCUUAUCAACUUGAAGCGGCGGCCGGAUAGGUUGGAGAAAAUGAACUAUGCGUUGCGUGAGCAGGGCGUGAAGGCGAAGCUGGUUCGCGCGACAGACGGGAGGGAGUUGAACCCGGAGAUCAUUAAGCAGUGGAAUAUCACCCAGCUCUCUGGGUAUGCCGAUCCCUAUCACAAGAGAGCACUCAAGUACGGCGAGAUUGGAUGCUUUUUGAGUCAUUAUCGGAUAUGGCAGAACAUGCUAGUCAACGACUACGAACGCAUCCUGAUUCUGGAGGAUGACCUGCGCUUUGUGCCAGGCUUCGUCCGACGCCUGCAGGCGACCGUGAAAGAGGCUGACGUGACGCUACCCGAUUGGGAGUUGCUUUACGUGGGCCGCAAACGCAUGUCCAGCAACGAGGUGAUGGUGAGAGGCGCGCGGUACCUUGCGUACCCUAGCUACACUUACUGGACUCUUGCCUACGUGCUUCGACGUUCGGGGGCGCAGAAACUGAUGGUGCAGCGCCCCCUAGAGAAGAUGGUAGCAGUGGACGAGUUCCUCCCAAUCAUGUUCGACCGCCAUCCGAACGAGCGUUGGCUAGCCCACUUUGAGCCCCGCAACCUGUUGGCUAUCUCAGCGGAACCGUUGUUAGUGGAGCCACUGCGUUAUACUGGGGAGCCCUUCUAUGUCUCCGACACUGAGGACUCGGAAAUCAUCCCGGAGUUUCUGUACACGGAGAGAGAGGAGGAUAUAGGUGCGAGCGAGGGGGACGAGUCAUAA